AUGGAUGAUGACUUUUCCGACGAAGACUUCCUGGACCAGAUCGACGAAAGCGACCUCCAGAAGCUCGAGGAGAAUGCCAUCCAACUGACACAGGUCCAGGCCCAGGCCCAGGUCUCACAACGUCCACCACCUCUUACACACCAGCACCAGCACCACCAACCGCAACCACAGCCGCAGUUGCAGCAGCAGCAUGUUCAGCAGGACAGUUACGGUCUCGACGAAGAUGACGACCUCGACGACACCGUUGUCUUUGAGGAGAUUGCCCAGCAAUCCCAGCCUGGCGGACCCAAGCAGACCAAUUCGUGGGCCACCAAGUCGCUUCCCGUCCAGCAGGCCCGACUGAAUGCCAAUCUCGCCAACACCCAACGGUGGAAUCAGCAUAUACCACUUCCUACAGCCCGGCCAGUCUAUCCCCCGCCUCCCAAAUAUCCUCAAGUGCCAUCCUCUCGCCCAAUCCCUUACCACGCACCGCCCUCUCUGCGACCUGUCCCGCCUGCCCGUCCGCUCCCGCCACCGCGCCCACAACAUGCGCCGACUCAAUCCCAAUUUGCCCGACCGCCUGUUCCUCCCGUCCCAAGCCCCUACUCGGUACAGCCGUCCCACGCAGGCCAGUCGGCUCGGCCAGGGCCGCAAGGUGACAUUAUUGCCCAGCUCCAGUCCCAGCUCGCUGCCGCCCAGUCGGAGCUUGCAACCGCCAGAGGGGAGGCCCUCAUCAUCCGAUCAAAGUACGACAAGAUACAGAACGACCGUGAUUCCGAGGUUGCACGUUUGAGGAAAUUACACGAGGAGACAUUGGCAAAACAUGAGCGGGAACUGAACGACUUCCGGGCAACAACUCGCAAUGUUACCACUGAGCUUCAGUUUGCCCAGCAGGAUCUUAGAGAGGGCUUAGGACGAGGAAAGAGCAAAAAGAAGGACGGCGCAUCCACACCGAAAAAGAACCACAAGUUUUGGGGGCAGGCCGACGGAUUCAACGAUGUGGAAGUCGUAUCAAGCCCUACCAAAGGCUCUCGGAGGAGGGAUGCAAUUCCCACCAUCCCACCUGCUGGCGAGCGUACGCCUUCCAAGGGUGGGAAGAGGAAGCGCGGGCACGUCUUUGCUAGCCCGAAACAUGGCCUCGAGGUGGAUGAGAACGCACUUGGACCAGAUCGUGGGGCGACUCGUGAAGUAAUAACCCCCACGAUCAUUAUAUCGACUGCCAACGCUCUUCCGUAUGACUUCUUAAGGCUGGUCCUGGAUCACAGUGCACUCCGUGACCAGCCCCCGACGUUCGAUCUCUUCUCCAGGUUUACAUUCCCAUCAGAUCCCAGUCAGACGUUCUCCACCGUUAUCUUCCAGAAGCUGUCUCGGUUGGGCAGCCCCAAAGAGCCGCUUCUGUUGCUGGCCGACUUUGCCGAGCUCGUGAUUGACUUGUGGCAGCGCUGUCUAUCUGAGCGCUACCACGCACCGAUUUACUAUUUAGCAUCGUUGGUGCUUUACACGCUUGAUUUGAAUGCUGUGGUGGUAGCGCCCCGCAUCACAUCUUCUCUGGUCCCAGUGUGUACAACGACCUGUCAGCUCAUUGCCCUCCAGCGGCACCACAGCCCUGAUGGGGAUUUGUCCAGCCACGCCGACCCUGCAAUCCGACAGUUGAGUCUUGAUAUUGACGUUACCCAGUGUCUCGCCCUGCUAUAUCUUGCUGCACUGGGAUGCGCCGCACCGGCGCGUGGCCAGGCUGGGGCCGAGGAGACCGCAGAGACAACGAAGCACUCACCCCUCGUUCAGUUCUGGCGCACGGUCGAGCCCGAGUUUGUUCUGCGCAUGCUGUCGGUCAAACACCCUGAACGAGACUGGUAUGGGAUGCUGUCGUUGCUGUGGACGUCGGUUUUGCCCGACAGCAUAGGGCCCAUCCCAAGCCCAGUGUCGGCGACAUCCACCGCCCGCUCCAAAGCAAAGGAUUUGGACCAGGUGUCCAAGGAGACGAUCAAGGCUGUGUCGUUGUUUCUAAAUGAGUCGCCGAGGUGGGCGCCCAAAGGUUCCGUCAAGGAAUUAGAGGUGAGGACCGCGACUUUGCGGACGCUGGUGAUUUUUACCUCUAGUCCGUAUGGCAUGGUGCAGGCGGCCAGGAGCGAAGUUGUCAUCCCGCGUCUUGUCACAGUGUUGUGCUGGGCUAUUGACCGACUGUAUGACUUGGAUGGCGGGUUGCCAGCAAUAGUUCAGAAUCCGGCGGCGAGAGGUGGCAUACACAGCUUUACGAACGAGGCCGAAGCGGAUGAUCCCGACGGUCAAGACGGUGAGGAAGAGAAGCUUGCAUCCUUGUUGCCCCGAUUCAUCGCACGGGCAAUCCUGUUGCUCCACACGCUGGUCACACACCCACGCACAGCAGAUGUGGUUCAAAUGGGAGCUAAGCUGUCAGCCUCCCACGGAGGGUCCCAGCGAUACCUACUUAUGCUCGCCAGGCUUUGCUUUGCUGAAGAGGAGCUGGUUUUGGAGGCCGGCAUCGACCCGGCGACGGCUGAGCUGGCUCGAGAGCUCAUUGAGCUUUCGGUGACGCCUGUCGAGGGCGAGGAGAUGAGCAAGGCGUUUGGUUGA